AUGCUCGAAGACAUAUCCGCAACUGUUAUGAGCAAUACCUCGAAUGUGGCCAGCCCCAAUGAACCUCCGCCUCCUUCUCGUGCGAUCCCGGGCGAUAAAACACGAAUAAAGAAAUGGGCUCCAAAGACGUUUAAUGGAUGUCUGACCUGCAAGCGAAGAAGAAUCAAGUGCGACGAGGGCAAGCCAUCGUGCCAGAGAUGUAUCAAAUCGAACCUCAAAUGUAGUGGAUACGCCGCACCCAAAAUCAGGCUGUUUGAUCCCGCAGCUUCAUCGACGGCUUCAACCUCAACCGUGUCACCAGCGACAAGCCCAGGCCCUUCAUCUGGACAGGAGCCAACAACCCUCGAGAACACUCAACCGCAUUCCAACCCGCCCCCUCAUCCUCAUCCUCAAGGACACGCCCUUGUCCCCAGAUUCGGCACGCAGGAAGAAUCCCAAUCCUUCCAAUUCUUCCUCGAAAAGACCUCUGAGCUGAUCUCAGUAUACUCGCAGCCGUAUCUAUGGACGGUGCUCCUGCCUCAAGCCACAUGGCAUCAACCUUCUAUCAAACACUCUCUCAUUGCACUUGCCUCGCUACACCGAUACCUCACCACAGUCGGCCCGGAAUCACAACGAGCAAACCAUAACUUUGUGUUGCACUACAAUGGUGCCGUUAGCGCCCUGGUGGCGGACAAACCGUCCAUUGAUGUUGUGCUCGCAGCAUGUAUCGUUUUCUGGGCGCUCGAGAAUUUCAAUGGCGGUGGUCAAGUGGCCGUUGACCAUAUGCAAGCCGCGAUCAAGAUCUUAGGGGAGUGGAAAAGCAAACGUCGCGCAAACGACCCUGCCAAAGACUUCAUAACCAAAUACAUUGAACCCACAAUUCGGGACGGUGUGAAAUUCGCCUCGAAAUGUCGGGUCGAGGAACUGGCGAGUCAGAUGAGUGCACUUUCCCUGACAACACGCGACGUGAGAAUCAUGAACAUGGACUACCCGGCGUUCAACAGCUUGGAGGACGCAGGGGAGUAUUUGGAAGACUGCAUCAAGAAGAUUCUCGCACUCAAAAAUCAGGCACCGGCACUGCUCAGUCCAAGUCCCGACCUCAUCGAACAGGUGGAAGCGCUCGACGCUCGCCUCUACAAAUGGAUGAACCUGUUCCAGAACCUCACGGCCACGGGACCCGUAUACAUCCGACGCAUGCUCGUUGUGCACAACGUCGCGGCAAACAUCCUGCUAGACCAACUCAAGGCACGAACUCAAUACGACAAGACGAGCGGGGACGAGCAGCAGGAGGAUCCGAGUCAUUGUCGAUUCCACUUUACAGUCAUUGAAGUUGAGGAUGUCCUCAAGUAUGAUCCCCUAGCUACGGUGGAAUCACGCAGGAAGAAACCGCCGAACCUGGGAUUCAUACCGCCUGUGUUCUUGGCAGCAACGGCGGCGCCGAGAGUAGAGACCAGAACAAGGGCGAUCAAAUUGCUGAGGCUGUUGAAUGUGACGGAGGGGCCGUGGAACACAGAGCAUGCGGCGCAGGUUGCCGAAAAGAUGCUAGAGAUUGCACAGGAGUGUGGUGCUCCUUCUUCAACAGUUGAGUUGCGGCAUAUAGACCUCGAGUUUGACCAAGACCGCCGGGUGUUGAGCAUGAGAUGGGAACUGGAGGACCCGGCGACGCUGAACGUGAGCAUGAUCAAACAGAUCGAUGCUCGAAGCAUGAACUGGGAUGACUCGCACGAUGUACCCAAUUUGAUCAGGAGAUUCGGCUACCAGCUCCCUCCCUCCUCAGUCACGACGCUGUCUUGA